CUCUCUCUCUCUUCGUGCUCACAUACGCUCUUCUCUCUCUGUCUUUAAUUUGAAAAUCUUUGAUCAACUCUAGACGCGCAUUCUUCAUUUAUUACAGUCUGUUGUAAAACCCACUAAAACCAACCCCCCCUCUCUCUCUGGUUUCAUUAAUUUUCUUCUUCUGUGAUGCCCUUUUGAUCAAUCCAUCAUUCCAGAUCUGUCGUGACAAUAAGAGCAUCGGUAGAGGAGAUCCUCCUAUUAAUUCCUAUUGAAGCUGAGCAAAGCAGGUGAUGUGCCACUGUAAUGGAGGGCUCAGAGAGAGUCAAAGUGUCACCACUUUAUGAAUGAAUCUCCCACUUCUAUAGCUAUCCUUCUGCUGAACCGCGAAGUGCUAUUCCAACCUAACUUUGAAAUCCUAAAUCCUAAACUAAAAAUGCCUCCACAGGUUCCAAAGCCAACCAAACCAAGGAAUUGCGGCCCUCCGUUUACCAUCCCCAAACCCACCAACAAGUUCUACUUCUUCUACGGCCACCGCAACCCCUCCCAGAACCGCCCCACCGUCCGCGGCGGCCUCUUCUCCAACCGACAAACCCUAAACCCUAACCCUUCCCAACCCAAACCCACCACCAAACCCUUCAACAUCAAAAACUGGGACCCUCACUUCCUCUCCAACCCAAACUCAAACCCCUCCCCAUCAACCCUCUCCUCCGCCUCCCUACGCCUCUCCCCGAUCGCGCGCUUCAUCGUCGAUGCCUUCCGCAGAAACGACAACAAGUGGUGCCCCAACGUCGCCGCCGAACUCAGCAAGCUCCGCAGGAUAACCCCCAAUCUGGUCGCCGAGGUUCUCAAAGUUCAAACAAAUCACACCCUCGCUUCCAAAUUCUUCCACUGGGCCGGCAGCCAGAGAGGCUACCAUCACAAUUUCGCUUCCUACAAUGCCCUCGCCUACUGCCUGAACCGCCACCACCAGUUCCGCGUCGCGGAUCAGCUCCCGGAGCUCAUGGAGUCCCAGGGCAAGCCCCCCAGCGAGAAGCAGUUCGAGAUUUUGAUUCGUAUGCAUAGUGAUGCCAAUAGAGGGCUUAGAGUUUAUCAUGUGUAUGAGAAGAUGAGAAACAAGUUUGGGGUGAAGCCGAGGGUGUUUUUGUAUAACAGGGUUAUGGAUGCGUUGGUUAGGACGGGUCAUUUGGACUUGGCGUUGUCAGUUUAUGAUGAUCUUAAGGAGGAUGGGCUGGUUGAGGAGAGUGUGACCUUCAUGGUGCUGGUGAAGGGGCUGUGUAAGUGUGGGAGGAUUGAUGAGAUGCUGGAGGUUUUGGGGAGGAUGAGGGAGAGGUUGUGUAAGCCGGAUGUGUUUGCAUACACGGCGCUGGUGAAGAUUCUGGUGCCUGCAGGGAAUCUGGAUGCGUGUUUGAGGGUUUGGGAGGAGAUGAAGAGGGACCGGGUGGUGCCGGAUGUGAAGGCAUAUGCUACCAUGAUUGUGGGGCUGGCAAAAGGGGGGAGGGUUCAGGAGGGGUAUGAGUUGUUCAGGGAGAUGAAGGGGAAGGGUUGUUUGGUGGAUAGGGUGAUAUAUGGAGCGCUGGUUGAGGCGUUUGUGGCUGAGGGUAAGGUUGGAUUGGCUUUUGAUUUGUUGAAGGAUUUGGUGAGCUCCGGGUAUAGGGCUGAUUUGGGGAUUUAUAUUUGCCUUAUUGAAGGUUUGUGCAAUUUGAAUAGGGUUCAGAAGGCAUACAAGCUUUUCCAAUUGACUGUUCGGGAGGGCCUUGAGCCAGACUUCUUAACGGUGAAACCGUUGUUGGUUGCAUAUGCUGAAGCGAAUAGAAUGGAAGAAUUUUGCAAGUUGCUUGAGCAGAUGCAGAAGUUGGGUUUUCCUGUUAUUGCUGAUCUCUCCAAAUUCUUCUCUGUUUUGGUGGAGAAGAAGGGACCGAUAAUGGCAUUAGAGACAUUUGGCCAAUUGAAAGAAAAGGGUCAUGUUAGUGUUGAAAUAUAUAAUAUUUUUAUGGAUUCUCUUCACAAGAUUGGUGAGGUGAAGAAAGCGUUAUCACUAUUUGAUGAAAUGAAAGGCUUAAGCUUGAAACCUGACUCAUUUACGUAUUGUACUGCGAUUCUGUGCCUUGUUGACCUUGGAGAAAUUAAAGAGGCAUGUGCAUGUCAUAAUAGGAUCAUUGAGAUGUCUUGCAUUCCUUCAGUUGCAGCUUAUAGUAGCCUCACUAAAGGGCUUUGCCAAAUUGGAGAGAUUGACGAAGCCAUGUUGCUUGUUCACGAUUGUUUGGGCAAUGUUAGUGAUGGACCAUUGGAGUUUAAGUAUAGUCUUACCAUCAUUCAUGCAUGUAAAUCAAAUGUUGCUGAGAAGGUGAUUGAUGUAUUAAAUGAGAUGAUAGAACAAGGUUGCUCUAUAGACAAUGUCAUUUAUUGUUCAAUCAUCUCUGGCAUGUGUAAGCAUGGAACAAUUGAAGAGGCCAGGAAGGUUUUCUCAAAUUUGAGGGAGCGCAACUUCUUGACAGAAUCCAACACAAUUGUGUAUGAUGAAUUACUAAUUGAUCAUAUGAAGAAAAAGACAGCUGACUUGGUGCUAUCAAGUUUGAAGUUCUUUGGUCUAGAAUCUAAAUUAAAAGCAAAGGGCUGUAAGCUGUUGCCAAGUUGAAAAUAAUUUUGGGAGGGAGGGGGACUGAUUGUUCUCAUUUUUGUUCAACAUGUUGAAUACAGAAUAGCAUAUGGAAGGAUCAACCAUUGUUUUUA